AUGGCGUCCCUCCCAAAAUCCUACAAGGCCGCCGUCUUCGAAAAAGCGAAUGACCCCCUCACAAUCAAAGACGUCCCCCUCCAACGCCCAUCAACAGGACAAGUCCUUGUCAAAGUCCUUGCCUGUGGUGUUUGUGGAUCUGAGGAAGGGGUGAGAAGCGGUGCGUUCGGAAAUGCCUUUCCCAUCGUCCCAGGCCACGAGGUCAUCGGCGACGUGGUAGAAGUCGGAGAUGGCGAGAAGAAGUGGAAGGUCGGAGACAGAGUUGGAGGCCCAUGGCACGGAGGACACGAUGGCACAUGCAAGCAAUGCAAUCGCGGACAAUUCCAGAUGUGCCAAAAUGCAGCUGUUAACGGCGUUAGCAAAGACGGAGGAUUCGCAGAGUACGUUCUCUUGAGGACUGAAGCUACUGUUAGGGUUCCAAAGGAGGUCGAUCCGGCUGAAUACGCUCCUAUUCUCUGCGCCGGUAUCACAGUCUUCAAUUCUAUCCGAAAAUUGCAGAUCACUCCUGGCGACAUUGUUGCCGUCCAAGGACUCGGAGGACUCGGGCAUCUAGCAGUUCAAUAUGCAAACAAGAUGGGAUACAAGGUCGUAGCACUCUCCUCAGGAGACAGCAAGCGCGACUUCGCAAAGAAACUCGGUGCUCACGAAUACAUCAAUACAUCAUCUGACGACCCAGUCAAGAAACUCAUGGAGAUGGGAGGAGCAAGCCUCAUUGUUUGCACGGCACCAAAUCCCAAAGCCAUAAGUCCUCUUACUGGUGGUCUCGAGCCCGGCGGAAAAGUCCUGAUUCUCUCUCCAUGCGGUGGUGUUGAGAUCAACUCUGUUGACCUGAUCAUGAAAGCUGUAUCUGUAUGUGGGUUCCCUAGCGGUCAUGCUCUGGACUCCGAGGAAGCCAUUGCAUUCACGCAACUCCACGGGAUCAAGUGCAUGAUUGAGAAGUUCCCGUUAAAAGACGCUCAAAAAGCGUAUGAGCACAUGUCUUCUGGCAAGGCUAGGUUCAGGGCUGUUUUGGUGACCGAAUAG